CAGUGUUGGAUUCCAGACAAUUAUUGUAUGCCAAAAAAUUGCACUUGAAUGUAAUCUGUUUGAAAUCAAAAAUUCUUAUUUCAUGUUUUAUUUGAAUGCUACAUUUUAGUGGCCUUAAGGGACAGAACAAGGAAAACGAGUUGAGGCUGAAAAAUAAUGAAAUAACUGUGUGAUAACUUAUUUGAUGUUAAAUUACAUUAGUCACUAGAACAAGUGCUGACUUGCUUACUAUGCACUGAGGUUUUUUUUAAAUUUGGCUCGCAGGAAUGCAGUACUUGUCUCAUUUCUAGCAGCCUUUUCCCCAUGUUUAGAAUGAAUUGGGCAGGUAUGUGAUGAGGUGAAAAUGGCUUGAAGAGCGGGUGGCAGAGGCUAUCAAUCAGAUUAGUUGACAGCUCCUCCCCAAUGUAGUCAGUGGAGGGAGACAAAGUUCCCUUUCAAAAAAAACUCUAGCUUUCACUGUGUGAGGAACUCCGUGCCGGAUUGCUUGUAUUUCUGUACUACUGCAAGGAGCCAAUAUGUGAAUACUCAAGAGAAAAAUUGCAUGCUCAAUGCUGUGAUCGACUCGAGCUUUUCAAGUGAGGAGCCACACAGUAAAGAAGAGGACAUUCGUCUUUCAUGCCUAUACACAAGAAUUCAGAUGGGAUUAGAGUCCAGAUGGAGUUCCAGCGGCGGUCUAAGGAUCUUCACUAAAAGGAUGCCUAGUUGUUGUUACUUUGUCUGCUGGGCCAUGUUAACCAUGGCAGCACUAGCUGUAGCAAGGCCACAGUUUAAGUCUGCUGAUAAUGGUGCAUCAGAAACUGGAGAGCCUCCAUCAAACUACCAAAUCUCUCAGCCUGAAGUGUACACGUAUCCAGGAGGUUUGCUUCAGUUGCAAUGUCCAUUGAAAGAGGAUGUACAGAGCAUCAGUUGGACUAAAGAUGGGGAACAGUUGGGGUACAGCAAUAAGACUUACAUAAUCAGAGAGUACUUGCAGAUUAGUGAUGCCACACAUGAGGAUUCGGGCCUGUAUGCUUGUACUGCAAUUAGACCAAUAGGCAGUGAUACCGUGUACUUCGUUGUAAACAUUACAGAUGCCAUUUCCUCAGGGGACGAUGAAGAGGACAAUGAUGGGUCAGAAGAGACAGCCAGUGAUAGUAACAAGAUAAGUCCUCCAUACUGGACACAACCUAAUAAGAUGGAAAAGCAGUUGCAUGCAGUUCCAGCAGCCAACACUGUAAAGUUCCGCUGUCCAGCAGCAGGAAACCCAAAGCCAACUAUGCGAUGGUUAAAAAAUGGCCGAGAGUUCAAACCAGAAUAUCGAAUGGGUUCAUAUAAGAUUCGGCCUCAGCAUUGGAGCCUUAUUAUGGAAAGUGCUGUUCCAUCUGAUAAGGGGAACUAUACAUGUGUGAUAGAAAAUAUCUAUGGUUCCAUAAAUCACACCUAUCACUUAGAUGUAGUCGAGCGGUCACCACAUAGACCUAUCCUACAAGCGGGAUUACCUGCAAACAAAACUGUGUUGGUGGGGAGCGAUGUGGAGUUUGUGUGCAAAGUGUUCAGCGACGCCCAACCUCAUAUACAGUGGCUGAAGCAUGUUGAAAAGAAUGGCAGCAGAUAUGGUCCAGAUGGAUCCCCUUACGUCAAUGUCUUAAAGCAUUCGGGGAUAAAUAGUUCCAAUGCAGAAGUGCUGAAUCUAUACAAUGUGACUGAGGCGGACAGUGGAGAAUAUAUAUGUAAGGUCUCCAAUUAUAUUGGAGCUGUCAAUCAGUCUGCUUGGCUCACUGUCGCUCAAUUCUCCCCAAAAGGUAACACUUUACAGGACACACGUUACAAAGCUCUGCCCAUGACUGCCGGUGUUAACACUACGGACAAAGAAAUUGAGGUGCUCUAUUUACGGAAUGUAACUUUUGAGGAUGCUGGGGAGUAUACAUGCUUGGCUGGUAAUUCUAUUGGGAUUUCACAUCACUCUGCAUGGUUGACAGUUGAGUCAGUUCCUGAAGACAAACCAAAAGGGUUGACCUCUCCUGACUAUCUGGAAAUAGCUAUCUAUUGCAGUGGUGUUUUUGUUAUCGCUUGCAUGGUGGUGACGGUUAUUAUUUGCCGGAUGAAGAGCACAACAAAGAAGCCAGAUUUCAAUGCCCAGCCAACGGUGCAUAAGCUGACCAAACGCAUCCCCCUGCGCAGACAGGUAACAGUUUCUGCUGACUCCAGCUCCUCCAUGAAUUCCAAUACUCCUCUGGUGCGGAUCACUACACGACUCUCAUCUACAGAUGCACCCGUACUAGCUGGAGUUUCAGAAUAUGAACUUCCAGAAGACCCAAAAUGGGAGUUCUCACGGGAUAAGCUGACACUUGGAAAACCCCUUGGGGAAGGCUGCUUUGGGCAAGUUGUGAUGGCAGAGGCUGUAGGAGUUGACAAAGAUAAACCAAAAGAACCAAUCACUGUGGCUGUGAAGAUGCUGAAAGAUGAUGCCACAGAAAAAGAUCUCUCAGACCUUGUUUCUGAGAUGGAAAUGAUGAAAAUGAUUGGGAAGCACAAGAAUAUAAUCAACUUGCUGGGAGCCUGCACACAAGAUGGUCCGUUGUACGUCAUUGUAGAAUUCACAGCCAAAGGCAACCUGCGUGAGUAUCUGCGUGCAAGGCGACCCCCUGGUAUGGAGUAUACUUUUGAUGUAAACCGUGUAUCUGAUGAACAGUUAACUUUCAAAGAUCUCGUAUCCUGCACUUAUCAAGUGGCAAGGGGCAUGGAAUACUUGGCUUCACAAAAGUGCAUUCACCGAGACUUGGCAGCUCGAAACGUUCUUGUUACAGAAAAUAAUGUAAUGAAAAUAGCUGAUUUUGGACUGGCUCGCGAUGUCCACAAUAUUGACUACUACAAAAAGACUACAAAUGGUCGACUGCCAGUGAAAUGGAUGGCUCCAGAAGCUCUUUUUGACAGAGUCUACACCCACCAAAGUGAUGUGUGGUCGUUCGGUGUGCUGAUGUGGGAAAUAUUUACCUUGGGAGGAUCGCCAUAUCCAGGCAUUCCAGUUGAAGAACUUUUCAAACUUCUCAAGGAAGGUCACAGGAUGGACAAACCAGCCAACUGUACUAAUGACCUGUACAUGAUGAUGCGCGAUUGUUGGCAUGCUAUCCCUUCACAAAGACCAACCUUUAAACAGCUAGUUGAAGAUUUGGACCGAAUUCUCACAUUAACGUCUAGUGCGGAUUAUUUGGACCUUUCUGCACCUCUAGAACAGUAUUCACCCAGUUAUCCUGAUACAAGAAGUUCUUGCUCAUCGGGAGAUGACUCUGUGUUCUCUGAUCCUAUGCCCAGUGAACCAUGCCUGUCAAAAUAUCAACCACGCAUGAAUGGCACUGUUAAAACCUGAAUGAAAAAGCCAUCAUUUGCAAAAUUGACUUUGUGUGGCCAUCCUUCUUUCAAACGUAUCUUCGUGAAACCUGGGGGCCCCAGAACGGAACGUUUGGUAUGGUUAUUACAGAAGCAAUGCAAAACAAGGACUGGAACAGAUUGUUCACGGAGAAACUGUGCAACUGAAUAUAUUUUGUUGCUAAGGAAGACAGAAUAAGUUUUAAGACCAAAAUGUUGCUUUGGCGUAGAGGCCAAUUUUCAUUCCAUUACUGUUUGGACUUUAGGCAAGACUUGAAGUAAGAAGUUUUGCCUAGAUUGUUAAUUUUGUAAUAUUGGAAAAUUUAUCCAGCAUAAAACUUCAGAGUCAAAAUAUGUGCUGGCUAUAAUGUAAAUAUACCCAAAUAUGUAUAAAUAUAUAUAUAUUAUAUAUAUUUACAGUGAAUUAUUUUUUGUAUGGAUAUAAAGGUGAGUCUAUUGCAAUCAAAAAUGAAAGCAACUUUUGUCAGUUAAUCGCUUUUGAAAACUGCUUCUGCAGCGAUUCCUAGCACUUCAGUUAUGAAACAUUGUCAGGACACUUAAAAUAUUCUUUGUUUUCAGGGAAUAAUAAUUUAUUUAACUGAUUUGGUAUUUAACAGCAACAAUUAAAACAAUUAAUCUUUGAUGUUUCUUGUAUUUUGUGUAGCUUUUGCUAGCCAGCGCAUAGACUGACCUGUAAAGCACAAUGGAAUGGAUGUUUUCAUUGCUUUGCUUAAUUAGUUGACUGUCCAGAAAAAUGUGGUAGGAAGCUGCAGAUAGAGUUUCAGUUGAGGUUUUGCACAGGUAUGACAUGUCUUAUUAAUAUUUUCAAAUUGUAACGUGUUGGGUUUGAACACAAGCUAACGUACAAAUUUAGCAGUUCAUAAGAAAAUUACUUAUGACCUUGAUUUGGAUACGAUAGCUGCUUUUCCUACAUCUUGCUAAUGAUGAACAAGGGUUGAGGUCAUGGGGGAGCUUGGGUGACAAGUAACUUUCUCAUUUUUGCCUCAACUACAAUAUUCCCAUCGGUCCCUUCCUCGCAGAAAUGUGUGAAUAAAUAUCGAUGAUUGUGGUGUAUUGAGAAGGAUGAAGAACCGUGCCCCUUCUUACUGCCAAUGUCACCUCCAUCCCCAGGUACAACUUUGUUAUGGUGGCAGUGUCAGUAAGUUGCCAAAAUUCUUUACGGGAGGAAUGCCAAGUGAAUGUUGCCUUUCACUUCCUAUGUGCUCAAAACUUCUCAGAAGUCUUUUUUUUUCCAGUUCAUGAUUCUUUUGUUUCUCUAAAUGGUUAGUUACCUUAUCGCAUGCUGUGAUGGCCACCCAGCUGCAGCAACAUCGUGAUUCUCGUUCUUAUUGACAGCAUGGCCGCCGGUGGUAUUGGAGCAGAAAACAGCCUUAAUUGACCUGAAUGUAUUUGAUUUGACCCUAACAACAGUGGGUUAAGGAAAUUCACAAGUGCAUUGCUGCAGAUUGAGUUCCCGUUUGGUCCUAUUUGGCAUAUUAGGUCAUGUUAGCAGCAACAAAUCUGAAUGUUUUAUUUGAAUAGUUGUACAAUGGGCCACUUUUAGAAAUGGAAAGUUACCAUUAGAAUUUUUUCACAUUGUGACAAGCUGAAUGUGUACUUUAUUGGACAUACAGAAUUACCUUGUCUGAUUAUUUUGAUAUGGAUGAUCUAACUUCUUGUACACUUUCAAACAUGUAACAUUAACUGAAUGUUAAUGUGUUUUUGGUUUAACCAUUGAGAUGCAAGCUUGUGCGACUUAAGAUUAUCUUGGGAAAAAAAAUUGUUCAUUGACCAAAAUAUUAAGGUCCAAAACUGGUCCCUUUUUAAAACUCCAACAAUAUUUAAAUGACUAGCUGUCUGAAAUUGAGACACAUUGCUAAUAUUUCAAGCCUGUUGUGAAGUAAAAACAAAACCCAGCAGAAUUGAUAAAAUUAUAAAGACUAAGGAAUGUUAUGUGAUACGUCGCUGUCAUUUUGCAUAACUGGUAUUGCUUGACAUUAUAUUCAAAUAAGUUGAAUCUGAUUUAUAGGAUGGAUACAUGUUAUGUCAUGUUUUAUUAAAUAAGAUGCAGUAUCGUUGAUGUGAAUGUUCCGGGCCAUCCAAGUGCCCUGAACAAUUACUUCCAUUGUUUGCCAGCAUUGUAAUAUCCGAAAAAAGCUGUUUUUUUUUACAUUAGAAAUGUAUGCCCACUUUAUUACCUCCAGUAGUGAGCUUUCCAGUGGUGCCAAAAUGGCCGGUGGAAUAAGAAUACCUUUGCAGGUCAUCACAUUUUAGAGAACACAACAUGUAUGACCUCAAUUGACAGAAAGCACCUUCUGUGUACUCAGGACCAAGCAUUAAUGUGCCCUUUUCAAAUUUCUCUAAUAUCUAAAACAAAAUGCUUUUGAUCUUGCAUUCAUUUACUAAAAUAAUAUAUACUUGAGUAAGGAUAUUCUGCUAAUUAUUAGUGGAUAAGUGGGCCAGAUUUCCAGGAUAAUAUUUUGAGUUAUUGUGCAAACCAGACCUUGUUCAUUGCCCUGAAAAGUAUACUUCUUGCUUUCAGCCAUUAACCUAGGUUUGUCAAGAUUGGAAAAAUUGUUUGCAUUUUUCUAAGUUCUAAAUAACAUGCAUUCAGCUUGAAUAAUCUCCACUUGUCAUCUCCACUUCUGAUUGCUGUAAGUAUGACUUAUUUCUGGAUCAAGAUUUUAAAGUGCACUUUAAAAAAAAGCAAACAGCUAUCCAAAUUUGAUCACCUUUGCCAAAAGAGGUACUAUGUUACUAUAAAUUAUAGGUGUUCUCAUUUAGAUUAAAUGUGAGCCAGUUGAUAAUUUUUCAUACAUGACACAGCAUGUUACUUGUUCAGUUCAGCUACGAAAACUUGCCAGUUCAGUGAAAGCAAAACAUUACCAACUCAAAAUAAUGAUAGAUAUAAUCCAGCAUUUUCUUCUAAAUUAUUGUGUCAAAGUGGAGUAAGGAGAAGAAACAACAAUGUGAGAUCUGUUUGCCUCGAUCAAGAUCCAUGAACAAAUUAGAUGAUGUAAUAUGUUGUGAGGGGCAGGAAACCAGCAAGACCAAACUGUAGAAUAGCUGCUUUGCUUCCAUGAGAAAGAGCUUUGUUCACUCUUUUCUACAUUCCAGUACUUUGUAUAUUUUUAUAAAGCAUUUACAAUCCUUUGUGUCAUAAUGUUCAGAUUUGUGCAUGAAAUUCAUAAUACAGUGUAUAUCUAAUUUAUUGAAUUUUUUUACAAAAAAUUUCUAUUUUGUUGUUACAGUUUUUCAAAUAAUUAAGAGCCUAGUCAAGGCUGUAAAUGAUUUGUUUAUAUGAAAGAUUUGCUUCUAUAUUAUACUGUUUUUGUUUCCUUGAAUGCUGUUGGGCACAUUUCUUUAAAGCAAAAAGAAAAUGUAACCAAAAACUUUUACCUAGGUUAAUUUGCUUUUAAAAGCCAAGAGCCACGUCCACUUAAUUUAAAUGUUUAUAGUUUUUCUUCCCAGAAGUGUUCUUGUAAAAUUGUUGACCAGCACGGAGGUAUUUAAAUGUUUUGUAUUUUGUUGAUGCUGAUAAUUUGAGAGACCUUAAAGGAGACAAUAAAAUAUUCUAAGCCCACACUGAAAAUAGCAGCCUUUGUAUUAAGUGUUUGGCCACUAAUAAAAAGUAAUAAAUUGAAACUUAGCUAUCUGUCAUCUAGCUGUUUUGAAAUGGGUAGUUGCUU